AAUCAUGUCCGUCCCAACUGUGACCAUCAAUGAGCUAUCGAAGGGUAUUGAAGAUAACGCUAAUGUUUCAAGCGUGAAGAAAGUUCUGGAAGGUAUCCUCAAUGAUUACAUGGAUCUUCAGUACGGAAAAUCAACUCCGUACACAACUGGCAAGCAAGUGGUCCCCAGCGGAUCUUCUAUAGAGGACGUCGAUGCCGGACUAUCUAGCGACGCUGAGAAGAAAUUCAAAGAUAUUUUCGCAAAGAUCUCAGAUACGCACAAGAGCGGCGACUUCUCCCCUCAAUCCGUGAAUGAUGGAUCCUGGGAUCCCAAGUUCUCGCCCGUGUUCGUGUUUGUCACUCCCAAUCCUUAGAUUCUAGUGUCUUAGCUUUAA